GGACCUUCCUUGGUCACCCUAGAAUUCCAAAAGACGCCUCCGGCCUGGCUCGCUGCUGCCGAGCGGAAGCAGCUUUGUUAACCAUUGUCAGGCUUUUAAAACUUUCUCCUCCUCCUCAACGACUUGGUGCGAGAUCUUUCCAGAAGCAGAGAAGAUGCUCUGCGGUCUUCGUGACAAUUGGAGCUCCAAAAGCAGGUCAGCGGGAAACUUUGGAGGGAAGCUGCUAGUGCUAAGCUAACCGAGGAGAAGGCUGAAGCGUCUAUGGGAUUUACACAUGCAGCUGAUCAAGUGCGUGUACGCUGUUAGCUAAACACGGCUAAAGAAAACCUGCUACCACUUCAGGAUCAUCCAUCUGGACAGCAUGGAUACAGAUGUUCACCAGAUGUUGCUGGUUAAAGAAGAAGCUCCUGAAGAACAAAGUGCUGGUGUGGACCAGCAGCAACCAGAACACUUCCACAUAAAGGAGGAACUCUGGACUAGUCUGGAGGGAGAACAGCUCCAUUUGAAGGAGACUGAUGCCACAAGUUUUCCAAUCACUUUAGUUUCUAUAAAGAGUGAGGACGAUGAAGAGAAACCUGUGUUCUCAUGGCUUCACCAUCAGAAAAUAGAAGACAAAGAAGUUCCAACCAGUUGCACAGCUGAGCAGAUGGCAGCAGAAACGAGGAAGAACCCAGAUGUGAACCCUUAUGAACAGAUAUGUGAUUCUUCAGAGACUGAAUUUAGUGGUAAUGAUAAAAAGGAUGAUGAUGUGAAUCUAGUCUCUGAUCCGUCAGACUCUGUGCCAGAAAGUGGAGACAGAGAUGAUGACUGGAAUGAGAGCAGGUCUUCUGAGUCAGAUGUUAAGACCGUCAUAAAAUCAUUUAGCUGCCCUGAGUGUGGUAAACAAUUUCUCCACAAGUGGUCUCUUCAGAGACAUGUGAGAGUGACGAGUCUUUCAACAAGAAGGUCUUCGGGGUGUUUGAUUAAUAAGAAAUACGUUGGAAUGAGUCAACAUGUAGACACGUGCAGUAAAGUUCAGAAAGAACUAAAAUCAUUUAGUUGUGAUGACUGUGGAAAAAGAUUUAGAAGAAAGUCCCAUUUAACUGAACACAUGAGAGUCCACACAGGACAGAAACCGUUUGCUUGUGAGCUUUGUGGUAAAAGAUUUAGACAAAACUCAACUUUAAACACACACAUGAGAACACACACAGGACUGAAGCCUUUUGCUUGUGAUUUCUGUGGACAACGGUUAACUGGAAAGAGAAGUUUAAACUGUCACAUGAGUGUCCACUUAGGACAGGAACCUUUUACUUGUGAGGUUUGUGGGAAAAGAUUUAGCCAAAGUUCAACUUUAAACAGACACAUGAAAGUUCACACAGGACAGAAACCUUUUGCCUGUGAGCUUUGUGGACUCAAAUUCAGACAAAAGGCACAUUUAAACAGUCACAUGAAAACUCACACAGGACAGAUACCUUUUGCUUGUGAGCUUUGUGGACAGACAUUUAGCCAAAAGAGAAGUUUAAACAGUCAUAUAGGUGUCCACUUGGGACAUGAACCUUUUGUGUGUGAGCUCUGUGGAAAAAGAUUUAGGGAAAAGAGAAGUUUGAACAAUCACAUAAGUGUCCAUCUAGGACACAAACCUUUUGCUUGUGAGCUCUGUGGAAAAAGAUUUAGACACAAGACGAUUUUAAAUAUACACAUGAGAGUCCACACAGGACAGAAACCUUUUGCUUGUGAGCUUUGUGAAAAAAGAUUUACCCAAAAGGCAAACUUAAAUCUACACAUGAGAGUUCACACGGGACUGAAACCUUUUGCUUGUGAGGUCUGUGGACAAAGACUUAGCCAUAAGUCACAUUUAAAAAGACACAUGAGAACCCACACAGGACAGAAACCUUUUGCUUGUGAGCUAUGUGGACAAAGAUUUAGUGAAAAGACUAAUUUAAACAGUCACAUGAGAGUCCACACAGGACAGAAGCCCUUUGCUUGUGAGCUAUGUGGAAAAAGAUUUGGUACAAAGUCAAAUUUAAGCAGUCACAUAAGAGUGCACACAGGACAGAAGCCUUUUGCUUGUGAGCUCUGUGGAAAAAUAUAUUGUACAAAAUCAAAUUUAACCAGACAUAUUAGAGUCCAUACUGGACACAAAGAACUCUCAUAACUACAAGAUUAUCAUGAGGGACCCUUGGAGUUUAUACAUCCAAGAUCAGGGUUACGCUUUGGUGUGUAUUAAAAUCGGGGAACAUUUUCCCCAAAUGCACCAAUGGUUCCGCUGCACCGGAGCGCGUUUGUGACCCAUGGCAGAUCAGGCUGUAUACACCACCUCCCUCUUAUAUUUUCUUUGCAAUGGAACUUUCAGAACUGCAACUCCACCAUGCAGGUGUUAUGACCGUUUUUUAUUCAGGGUUCAUACAGGUGCUUGAAAUCCUCAAAUGCUUGAAUUUUAUUCAUGUGUUUUCAAGGUAUUGAAAGUGCUUGAUUACUGUAUUGAGUCAUUGAAAAUGUUUGACCAUCAAAGAGCACACUCUAGCAUUUAAAAACAACCAAGAUGGUUUGAUGUAAAAACUCAAUGUAUUUGUUGUUAAUGACAAAAACUACAGAGCGCUCAUUUAAUAAACACGGUUGAGAAAACCUCAAUGUUG